UAUCAUUGUCCUUAUCUUCAUUGAUUUCAUGUGUUUGAAAUUGUACACUUGUUUCUGGUUACGCAAAUGUAGUCCACUAUACCCUUUCAUUACGUUUUCUCAAACUCUAUUUACUUUUCAAGCUCUUGUAGUUCUAGCUUCUAUAUAUAAACAAAUUUCUUGGUACUAUCACACAUUCAGCACUGAAUUUACUAUCAAAAUCCCUGUCACUUGUAGCCAACUAUUCUAUAUAAUUUAUUUUCUUCUAUAUAUCCAGCAGCUAGACAGCCAUGACCAUGGUUAUUCAGAAGUGGCUGCUCUUUCUGUUUUUGCAUAUACAUCUUCACGAUCUCAUCCUAGCACAGCUGCCUGAGUUAAUAUACUCUAAAUGUGGUGUCGAGGGUAACUAUACUAAAAAUAGUGUAUACCAGAAAAAUCUUAACUCGCUCCUCUCUUCCCUUUCCUCAAAUAUGGAUAAAUAUGGUUUCUAGAAUGCUUCCAUUGGUCAAAACUCCGACAUGGCCAGUGCUAUUGUGCUAUGUAGAGCAGAUUGGGAGGUACAAGAAUGUCGCGGUUGUGUCCAUAAAUGUCCUAACCAAACAGAAGCUUUUGGUGGCUAUGAUGAAUGUAUGUUACGGUACUCUAAUCGAUCCAUUUUGGGCGCUAGGUCAAAUUCUGCUCUAUAUUACAUGUGCAGUGAGUGGAAUGCCUCAAUACCUGAGCAAUUUAAUCAGGAAGUAUAUAAAUUAUUGGAUAGUUUACAAGGCCGUGCUGCAAAUGGUAGUUCUCUUCUAAAAUAUGCUAGUGGUAAUACGACAGGUCCAGAUUUUCAGACUGUAUAUGCACUUGCGCAGUGUAUUCCUGAUUUAUCACCUCAGAAUUGCUUCGACUGUCUAACUGAUGCUUAUGUAAAUCUGACUCGCUGCAAUGGAAAGAAGGGUGGCAGAGAAGUAGGCAUUAGGUGCAACUUCCGUUAUGAGAGUUACUCUUUCUUCAAGGAUGUGGCGUUGGAAGCUCCGCCACCUGCAGCUCCGACAGGGAAUGAUGAUACAAUAGUGAAGGAUGAUAAAACAGCUCGACCCCACAUUGCUAUCAUUGUGCCAAUUGUUACUAUUAUUAUUUUUACUGUAUGUAUCUUUGUCAUCUUAAUGAAGAAGCGAAAGAGGAAAUUGGCGGACAAAAUUCAAGGUACACUCGGUGAUGACAUUAGCAAAGUAGAGUCCUUGCAAUAUGAUUUUUCUAUAAUUAGAGCAGCAACAAAUAACUUCUCAAAUGCGAAUAAAUUGGGACAGGGCGAAUUUGGUCCUGUGUAUAAGGGCGAACUUCCAAAUGGACAAGAAGUAGCUGUGAAAAGAUUGUCAGCAGAUUCAGGCCAAGGUGAUCUAGAAUUCAAAAACGAGGUCUUGUUGGUUGCCAGACUUCAGCAUAGGAGUUUGGUUAGGUUGCUGGGAUUUUGCCUAGAUGGAAUAGAGAGACUUCUCGUCUAUGAAUUUGUUCCCAAUGCGAGCCUUGACCACUUUUUAUUCGAUCGAGUUAAAUGUGGCCAACUGGAUUGGGAAAGGCGAUCCAAAAUCAUAGGAGGCAUUGCAAGGGGAAUUCUUUACCUUCAUGAGGAUUCUAGACUUCGCAUCAUUCAUCGUGAUCUCAAAGCUAGUAAUGUUCUACUUGAUGCAGAACUGAAUCCUAAAAUUGCAGACUUUGGCAUGGCAAGGCUAUUUACAGUGGAUGAAACUCAUGGCAACACAAAGAGAAUCGUUGGAACCUAUGGGUAUAUGGCACCAGAGUAUGCAAUGCACGGGCAAUUUUCAGUCAAGUCAGAUGUUUUUAGCUUUGGAGUACUAGUCCUAGAAAUUGUAAGUGGCCAAAAAAACAGUUGUUUCAGACAUGGAGAAUCUGUGAAAGACCUUCUGAGCUGUAUUUGGUCAAACUGGCGUGAAGGAACAACUUCAAAUUUGAUCGACCCCGUGUUGACUGGAAGCUCAGGAUCCGUUCGUGACAUAAUGAGAUACAUCCACAUUGCUUUAUUGUGUGUUCAAGAAGAUGUUGCAAAUAGACCAACCAUGGGUGCAGUUGUUCUCAUGCUCAAUAGCCAUUCUUUGAGUCUUCCACUUAUUCAAGAAUCCAAUUCAAGAAUGUCAGAGUCAAGUAAAUUAGCUAAAAGUGAAUCUAUUUGUGUAUCGCGAAAUGAGGCGUCAAUAACUGAGUUAUAUCCCCGAUAACAUCCUUAAACAUAAUAGCUUUAACUGAGUUAUAUCCCCGAUAACAUCCUUAAACAUAAUAGCGUUUUUCUGUGCUUUCUUAUUACUUUGCUAUUUGUUCGAACCACCCAAUAGUAAGGGAAUGUUGCAUGAUUAAUUAAUGAUUUUGUGUUU